AUGAUGAAGAUGAUGGGUGGAUUCACUUAUAGUCCUUUUCAAAUCUGGAUUGAUAGUGAUGAUGAAGCCUAUACUACGAAAGGGGAACUCAACUAUCUUCACGAGAAGAUCGACCAGUUGAUUCUUGCAUCCAAGCCUUCUUCUUAUGAGGCUUACUCCAAAGUAUUUGUUGAGUCCAUUCUUGAGUGGGUCACAAAGGAACAUGUGGCUAACACCUCUACCAUGACCAAGGCAGUUUCUGACUCUGCUGAUGUCUAUAAAUCCACGACUGAAAAAGCUGAUAAACUAAUUGCUUACACCAUAGAGUUUAUGGAAGAUUACAAGACUACCUACAACUAUAACAUCUUUGAUGUGAACAAGGCCAUUCAGAAUGUGGGUGCCGUGUUUAAAGCAGAAAUAGCGAACUUUGUUGAACUUCGCCAGGGGUUUCAGUCUGAUAAUCAAGCAUUCCAAUCUUCCAUUGAUGCAAAGAUCUCAAAGCUUUAG